UGGAUGAAACACACGGAAAUCUGCAAAACGUGCAAUUCUAUUGGUCAAUAUUCUUUGAAAGGCGGGGUUUAUUGGAGAGUUCUUCGUAGUUCCGAGUCUCCUCUAAAAUUGAGGACGCGUCGCAUGGGAAAUAAUACUUUAACCUGGUAGUUAAUGUUUUUACCGUCCCCUUGAACCUGUCAUCUGUUCCUCCUGCUCACAGCUGGACAACAACAUGGCCAACAUCGGCAGGCUCUCCACCAAGGAUGCUGUCCUCUUCCUGUGUGACAUGCAGGAGAAGUUCAGACCCAACAUCUUCCAGUUCACCAACAUCGUCAGCAACGCAGCCAGGCUCCUCCAGGCGAGUCGUAUUCUGGGCAUCCCCGCCAUUUUGACAGAGCAGUACCCUAAAGGCUUGGGACCCACCGUGCCGGAGCUGGGGGCCAGCGAUCUGACUGCUCAUUCUAAAACCUCAUUCACAAUGAUCAUAGAGGAAGUGGAGAAGGAGUUACAGGCUCUGGGGAGCCCAAAAAAAGCCAUUCUGUGCGGAAUAGAGGCACAUGCCUGCAUCGCUUGCACAACAUAUGAUCUUCUGGAGAAGGGGAUAGAGGUCCAUAUUGUGGCUGAUGCUGUUUCUUCCAGAAGCCAGACGGACCGGUUGUUUGCUUUGUCACGGCUGAAGCAAAGCGGAGCUUACCUCACCACCACGGAGGCCGUCCUGCUGCAGCUCGUUCAAGACGCCAGACACCCCAACUUUAAAGAGAUCCAGAAGCUCUUGGCCCAUCCGUCUCCCGACACCGGCCUCCUCGCCUUCUUCAGCGCUCUGUAGAACGAUGACCUCCUGUUACUGUGUCCACUGUAUAACCCUCUGCUUUGAACACAGUGAUUCCAAUAAAGCAUCGCUUUUACUUCUAAA